AUGGAGGGAUAUGCUAAGCUUAUGGUUGUGACAAUGGUGGUAGUAGGUUUAGCCCUUGGGUCGGGACCCAGAGUGGCAAGUGGUCAGAAAGUUUGUGGUAUGAGCAAAGAGGGUUUCCAGGCAUGCCAGCCGAGCGUGACCGCCGUGAAUCCGAACCCUCCGCCGCCUUCGGCCCCGUGCUGCAUGGCUUUGAACGGUGCCGACCUCACAUGCCUUUGUUUCUUCAAGAAUUCCAAGUGGAUGACGGAUUACGGAGUCGAUUUCAAUCGAGCUAAGGAACUUCCCGUGAAGUGCAACUUGGGGAAAGAUCUCACUUGCUAG